GAAGGCUGUCUCAAUACCUUCCCUCCAAAAAUGCUAAGGAAUAAUUUAGGCAACCAUUCAGACUCUGAAAAUGGCUCGGUCUUUUCACAGACUGAACACAAUAUUGUUGCAACUUACUUGAUUAUGGCAGGUAUGAUAAGUAUCCUCAGCAACGUAAUAGUUCUGGGUAUCUUCAUUAAGUACAAGGAACUUCGGACACCCACAAAUGCAAUUAUCAUUAACCUGGCUGUUACCGAUAUAGGGGUCAGUAGCAUUGGCUAUCCCAUGUCUGCUGCUUCAGAUCUGCAUGGAAGUUGGAAAUUUGGACAUGCAGGAUGUCAGAUUUAUGCUGGAUUGAAUAUCUUUUUUGGAAUGGCAAGCAUUGGAUUACUCACAGUCGUGGCCGUGGAUCGAUACCUGACAGUUUGCCCCGCUGACGCAGGUAGAAGAAUGACCACCCACACUUACGUCGGCAUGAUUCUAGGGGCCUGGACCAAUGGGCUCUUUUGGGCUUUGAUGCCUAUCAUCGGGUGGGCCAGUUAUGCCCCAGAUCCCACUGGGGCCACCUGUACCAUAAACUGGCGGGAAAAUGAUCUAUCUUUUGUUUCUUUCACGAUGACAGUUAUUGCAAUAAAUUUUAUUGUGCCUUUGACCGUGAUGUUUUAUUGCUAUUACCAUGUCACUCGAUCCAUUAAAUGUCACACUACUAGUAAAUGCACUGAGUACCUCAACAGAGAUUGGUCAGAUCAGGUAGAUGUAACAAAGAUGUCUGUGAUAAUGAUAUUCAUGUUCCUGGUGGCGUGGUCCCCGUAUUCGAUCGUGUGCCUCUGGGCUUCUUUUGGUGACCCAAAGAAGAUUCCUCCCUCAAUGGCCAUCAUCGCUCCACUGUUUGCAAAAUCUUCUACAUUCUACAACCCCUGUAUUUACGUGGUUGCUCAUAAAAAGUUCUUCCCAUAUGGGGGAAAGAUGGUCACAAGCGACCCCAAACCCACAUUCUACCAGCUAAGCAGCCCCGAAUUCGAGUUCCAUCUCAGAGGGCUCUCUGGCAGAAAAGCUGCUGGAAGGUUGCUGGCAGGCUCAGCUUAG